GAUCCCUUCACAAAAUCAAAACCAAAAUAUUGAAACAUUUAAGAAGUUAACUAUUUUGGCUACUAGCAAACCAAAGAAUACUGGUAUGACUUAAUAGUACAGUGUCGACAAAAUCGGAUUUAUAACAAAUAAUAUUCAAGGCUCGUGUCAGGCCAAGACCACAAACACACCAGCCAAUCAAUUUGAAGAAUAUUGCGAAUUUUCGCGCGUUUUUGUUGUUCGUGUAAAACAUUUUCGGCGCCCCAGAAGAAAAACUAUUUGAAGAGUCAUCGCCAAACAUCUUCAAAAACAGCAGAGAAUCAGGCAGGCAAGUGGUACAUUUUUUCCCCAUCUUUUUUAAAGCAAGGAUUAUUUACCCUAAGAUGGACCAAUCAAGAACCCCAGCAGACAGCGACAGUGCUGUAGACCGUCUUGAUGAGUUGGAUGACAUGUCAGACUUAGGUAGUGACUAUGAGGAUGAACUAAAGACUGCUAAGCGAAAAAAGUCUUCAGAGCAGUGGAUACAGCCAACCAAGUGGUCCCGGCAUGCUCUGAGGGAGGUGUCCAUUCCCUCUAUCAGCUCUGUGUCCACUGUGGAUAUUCCAACACAGAAGCCCUCUCGGGGGAAAUCCAGGCAGGCGUCUUCUCAACCUGUGACCAGAGCCAGAACUGCUAACCAGAGUAUAACUGCAGAGACUAUCUAUAAUGCAGUGCUCUCUGGGAAGGGUGCCAUGGUGACGGUGGUGGACGAGUGGUUGGACAACUACAAGGAGAGUCGUGAGGCAGGACUUUUGGUGCUUGUCAACUUUAUUGUUCAGGCGUGUGGAUGUAAAGGUGUGGUUACUGACGAGAUGUUCAGCAGCAUGCAAAAUGCAGAGAUUAUAAGUACCCUGACCAAAGAGUUCAAUGAGGAAUCAGUGAACUAUCCACUGUCUACCCCAGGAUCCCAAUUAAAGCGCUUCAAAGCCAGUUUGUGUGAAUUUGCCAAAGUUCUGGUGCAGUCUUGUCGUAACAGUCUUGUGUAUGAUGAAUACCUCUUUUCCUCAUUGUUGGCUCUGCUCACUGGUCUGUCGGACUCUCAGGUCAGAGCUUUUAGACACACCAGCACUCUGCUUGCCAUGAAGUUGAUGACAGGGCUGGUCGAGGUUGCUGCUGUCUUGUCAAUUCAAAUACAGACCAUUCAGCGACAGUAUGACAUUGAGAACAGUAAGACACCAUUUGAAAAAGCCCCUGAAAGACUAGAGGAGCUUCAGGCCACCUUAAGUCAGAUGCAUGAAAAUAGACAAGAGCUGUCCUCCCUAAUGAAUGCGACGUUCCGUGGAGUGUUUGUGCAUCGCUAUCGGGACAAGCUGCCUGAAAUCCGUGCGGCUUGUAUUGAGGAACUGGGAAUGUGGCUGAAAACUGACCCGGAGGACUUCCUCAACGAUGGAUGCCUCAAGUACCUGGGCUGGACUCUUCAUGACCAGCAAAGUCCAGUGCGUCUGCAGUGUGUGCGUGCCCUCAAGGGUCUGUACCGAGAGAAAGAGUUCAUUGGUCGCCUGGAGCUUUUCACCAGCAGAUUUAAAGAGAGGAUCCUCAGCAUGGUACUGGACAAGGAACCAGAUGUGGCAUUGGAAGUGGUCAAUCUGUUGCUGCUGAUCCAACAGAACACAGAGGAGGGCCUGAAGGAGGAUGAGCAUGGUCACAUCUAUCCUCUUGUAUAUGCUUCUCAUCGGGGUUUGGCUUGUGCUGCUGGCAACUUCCUUUACCACAGAAUUAAAAUGAUGUAUGCUGAACAAAAUCAGGAGAGUUGUAAAAGUGACAAUGCUGCCUUUAUUCAGAUGAUGAUAGCUUUUUACAUCCAAAGUAAAUGUCAAGAGCACGGUGCAUACCUGGUGGACAGCCUUUGGAAUGUGGCUGGAUCAGAGCUGAGAGACUGGGAGACUAUGACUGCAUAUCUUCUUUCUGAUACCGGUAUUUUGGAUGAGGAGGAGGGGGCCCUGAUUGAGUUGAUGGUAUGUGCCAUUCAGCGGGCAUCACAGGCUACACCACCUGUUGGGAGAACACAGGGCAAAAAGAUUCUGAGUAUGAAGGAUAAGAAGAUCCAAGAGCAGGAUCGAGGCCGCAUCACAGCUCAUUUCAUUCCUCUGCUGUCUCAAUUAUUAACAAAGUACUCGGCAGAUGCCGCAAAAGUGACCCUACUCUUGAAGAUUCCUCUCUGUUUCGAUCUGGAGUUGUUCAGCAAUGCUCAAGGCAUGCUAAAUCACUUGGACCAGCUCCUGGCUCAGGUCUGUGGCAUUGUGGAGAAGCACACAGAUGCGGCCGUGUUGGAGGCGUGUGCACAUUUGGCCAACAGUCUGUGCUCAGACCGCUACACCUUCUCCUCACAUGCUCACACCACUUUUAGUCAGCUACUGGAUACCCUCACAGACUGCUUCAACAGCUACUUGAAUGAGCUACUACAGGGAAGUGCUGAUGAAGAUGAUGUAUAUAGUGCUGCCAUUGCCUUGAAGAGGAUUGGAGCUUUGAGCUGUGCUAUAGAUCCCACUGCUUGGAAGCUCUUUGAUGGUUGCCUCCAGCUCCUGAACAACAGAGUGGAGACUGAACAGCUGGAAGUAGAGCUUGUGGUCCCUGCACUGAGAUGUGCAGCUUUUCAUUUGAUGUGGGCCAAAGUCAAUGCAGUCAAUUCCACACCUAAACAGGCAGAAAUGAAGAUCCUUAAAAGACAAGUCCGCUCCUUCUGUAAAGUCAGCCAAAGCUGCCUGUCUGUGGCUCAGGCUGAGAUCAGAAAUCAGGCGUUUGAGCUCCUAUGUGACCUGCUGCUGCUCUUCAGUGAGUCUUCUGUACGCUCUGACCCCGUGCUGCAGACACUGGUGCACCGGCCCUCAGACUCCCUGCGCUCAGAGAUGGCUGCUUUCCUCCUGGAUUAUGUAUUCACUGACAAUGAUGAUGACAAAUUCAGUGGAGAAGUUGAAGAAGAGAUGAAGAUAAUCCAACUUCACAGGAAGCGCAAUCAUCUGGCUGGCUACUGCAAACUAGUUAUCUAUGGGGUUUUUGACCUACCAGCAGUGACUGACAUCUUUAAAUACUACAGCAAGUACUAUAAAGACUAUGGCGACAUCAUUAAGGAGACAAUAAGCAGGACCAAGCUCAUCAAUCCUGUGCAGAGUGCAAAGACUGUCUGCCUCAGUCUACAGCAGCUUUUCUCAGAGAUGCUUAUGGAGGCGCGCAGCAAACAAGAUAUGAGCGAGAUUCGGGAUCUUGCCAAAAGGCUGGCUAUGAGUUUUGGCAUUGAUCUGCAUCAUGCCCGCAAACCACUGGUGGCAUUGCAUAUGGAUGGUAUCCGCUUUGCAUUUCAUGCCUCACAAGAAGAAAAGGAACUCCACAAUGUGACUUUCCUAGAGGUCCUCAGCGAGUUCAGUUUCAAGCUGCUGCCAAAGGACUGUGCUCAAUUAGCCUCAUUUUUGAAAUCAGAGUGUCCUGAGGCUGCCCUCUGCUGGUCAUCUGUGAGAAUGUACCAGCGUUCUUUGGAGGCUCGAGUCGUUUCUAAGCCCAGUGACCAAGAAGGAGGGAGGCAAAGUGAAGCUAUUUCUGCCCACAAUAGUCCUGUGCCAAAACGCAGAAAAACUACAGCAAAUGCGUCGGCCUUGGACAGCAGUUUUCACAGCUCUGUGCCUACUCCGGUCCUCACCUCUACUGUGCUAAAAGAGCCCUUCAAAGCUCUGGGCUCUUGGGACAGUGGUAGCAAUUUAACGGAGCCACAGUCUGAGGAGGAGUCACAUAUGAGCGCAGUCAAGAGAACCAAGCGACGCCAGCUGACCAGAAGACAGCGAACUGCAGAACAGACUGAGCUGAACUCCUGUUUAACUUUGCUGUCUCUGAUUGACGACGUUGAAGAAGAGGAGCCUAACAUUGAGGAUUAUGAAAGUGACAGUGACCACACUAUUUUCUCCCAGCUGUCCAACCUUCAGACAACACCAAGUGUCCUUGAUGGACUCUUUGACUGAUGAUAUUGUGGCCAAAACAGGAAUUCGUUCAAAAUGUGCCUUAUGCUUUGUUUCUUUGUUUUUUGUUUGACUGUUGAAUCUCUAUAAUCCGUUAACCUCUUGCUU